AUGGCAGCUAGUGGAAAAGAUUCCAACAAAGGUAAUUAUAGAGCCAGGGAUGCCCCGGUGAUGCCCCCUAGUCACCUGGUGUCUCCAGCAGAGAAAGCCCCAGGUGUGAAUAGGACGCCGAACACUUCCCACUUUGGAUUCUUCCUUCAAGAAAACACAUACUAUGGACUUGGGUGGAAAACAGGACCUCUCACCGACCUGGGAAUCUUUCAGAUGGUGAAUGCUUUGAUCCACAUCAUCAUAGGAAUCUACAUGGUAAUCUCUGCAAAAAAUCUUCACCUAGUUGCCCUGAAGUCUUGGUAUCCAUUUUGGGGAGCAUUUGCUUUCUUUUGUUCAGGAGCCUUGUUGAUGAACAUGGACAAAGGAAUCAUGAAGUUGAAGACUUUGACCAUAGCUGCAAACAUCGUUAACUGCUUCUGUUCCUUGUCUGGGAUCUUUGUUUUCAUUAAGGAUUUAUUUUUGGAGUCUUCCUUUGAUUCCCCAAUCUGGAGACCUUAUCCUACUUCCAAUGUGCACUUGCAGAGGCUUGAGUUCACUUUGCUGAUCUUCUCUAGUUUUGAAUUCUUAACAUUCAUCUAUGCUAGCGUUUUACUGUGCAGGAGUCAACUAUCAUCAGAGGAGAUGAAUAACUUCUCAAUAAGUGAGUUGCCUCCAGAGAUUGCUGUUGUUCCAAGUGCACCUCCAUCUUAUGAAGAGGCAAUUGGACAAGAGAACUUUCUCCCAGGACCAAGAUCCAGUCCCUCAUGUAUUGAUAUUAAGGUAGCCUGA